UUCAUACUCCAGGCUGUUAAGAUCCUGAACUCUCUCUCUCUCCCCCUUUCUGCGUAGCGUCCUGUACUUUUGCGCUAUGCUUACUGUCUGCUGUAUGCACACUGGCUCCGUUUUGCUCCUCUUAUUUAUUGUGUUAUUUGUUUAUUUAUUAUUUAUUCAUCACUCUUAUUAUUUAUUGUUCGUGCCUUCUUGUUUUUGUUUUAUGUCGUUUACUUGUAUGUCUAUCGUGUACUAUGUCUCGUCACCGUGGGAUAGAGGAAACGUAAUUUCGGUUUCUUUGUGUGUCAUGUGAAGAGGUUGACAAUAAAGCAGACUUUGACUUUUAUUAUGUGUCUCGUCAGAUUUAAAAGAUGCAAUGCCUGGCAGACGGGGGGAAAAAAAGCAGUUAACAUCUUUGCUUUUGGGCCACUCGAAUAUUUGGAGGAACUUCACUCAGCGGAGCAACGAAGACAAUUCCCCACACAUGUGUGAAAAUGUCUGCAAGGACCACAGCAAAGUACGUGGAGGGAAAGGACCGUACGCGUCGACGACAGGAACAUCUUUGCUUGCAGCCGAAUGUUGUGUUGCGCACGGCAGACAUCAGUGAAGCUAUUUGUCCUAAGCAGCAGGAGCCAGAGCGCACGUGCGUUAAAGAGGAAGCUGUGCGCAAAGAGGUCCACCACGUGAAUGAACAAAUGGUGCAGAAGUUUCUUUGCACCAUAAAAGAGGAAGAGCCGGAGCGGUCUUGUAUUAAAGAGGAAGAUGUGGGCAAAGAGGUCCACCACUUGAAUGAGCAAAUGGUGCAGACGUUUCUUUGCACCAUAAAAGAGGAGGAAGAGUCGGAGCGGCCUUGUAUUAAAGAGGAAGAUGUGGGCAAAGCGGUCCACCACUUGAAUGAACAAAUGGUGCCCACGUUUCUUUGCACCAUAGAAGAAGAGGAAGAGCUGGAGCGACUUUGUAUUAAAAAGGAGGGAGAAGACUCCUGUGACAUUAAAGAAGAGGAGGAGGAUACCUUCGAGAUGCUAUCGGCUGGUGUUCCUGUGAAGAGUUUAGAUGAGGGUCAACAUGAGGUGAGCAAAGGCGUGGAGUCUCCAAGCUGCAGCUCAAGUCAACAAAUGACUCGAGAAGAUGAUGGAGACCACUGUGGAGGAUCACAAGCAGCUCAGCCAUUAGAUAGUGAUGAUGUGACGAAAAACUUUUCCUGCUCAGAUUGUGGCCGAAGAUUUGCUCAGAGGGGACAUUUAAAAAGGCACACAAGAAUCCACACUGGCGGGAAACCUUUUUCAUGCUCAAUUUGUGGCAAAACAUUCAGUGACAAGCAAACCUUAAAAGUUCACGCAAGAGUCCACACUGGAGAGAAACCUUUUUCAUGCUCAGUUUGUGGGCGAGAAUUCUCUGAGAGGCGACAUUUAAAACAGCACACAAGAAUCCACACAGGCGAGAAACCUUUUUCAUGCUCAGUUUGUGGCCAAAAAUUCUCUGAGGGGGGACAUUUAAAAAAGCACACAAGAAUCCACACCGGCGAGAAACCUUUUUCAUGCUCAGCUUGUGGCAAAACAUUUUCAGUGAAAACAAGCUUAGAACGCCAUACAAGAAUCCACACUGGUGAGAAACCUUUUUCAUGCUCAGUUUGUGGCCGAAAAUUCAGUAGCAAGGGAAACUUACAAAGACACACCCAAACCCACACUGGCGAGAAACCUCUUUCAUGCUCAGUUUGUGGCCAAACAUUCGCUCAGAAGGAAACUCUAACACUUCAUACAAGAAUCCACACUGGCGAGAAACCCUAUUUAUGCUCAGUUUGUCACAAAACGUUCUUAGAGAAGAAAGGUCUAACACGUCAUACAAGAAUCCACACUGGUGAGAAACCUUUUUCAUGCUCAGUUUGUCACAAAACGUUCUUAGAGAAGACAGGUCUAACACUUCAUACAAGAAUCCACACUGGUGAGAAACCUUUUUCAUGCUCAGUUUGUGGCCAAAAAUUCAGUAGGAAGCAAAACUUACAAAUACACACCCAAACCCACACUGGCGAGAAACCUUUUUCAUGCUCGGUUUGUGGCCAAAAAUUCAGUCAGAAGCAAAACCUACAAAGACACACCCAAGCCCACACUGGCGAGAAACCUUUUUCGUGCUCAGUUUGUGGCCACAAAUUUGCUCACAGGCAACAUUUAAAAGAUCACACAAGAACCCACACUGGCGAGAAACCUUUUUCGUGCUCAGUUUGUGGCCGAAAAUUUGCUCAGAGGCAACAUUUAAAAGGUCACACAAGAACCCACACUGGCGAGAAACCUUUUCGUGCUCAGUUUGUGGCCAGAAAUUUGCUCGGAGGGAACCUUUAAAAAGUCACACAAGAAGCCACACUGGCGAGAAACCUUUUUCGUGCUCAGUUUGUGGCCAAAGAUUCUCUGAGAGGGGACAUUUCAAAAGGCACACAAGAAUCCACACCUAACCCUGUUGCCUGCUCAGUCACUUGUCAAAGAGUCUCUAUUGAGAAUUCUGAGUGUCUCUGGGAGAUGAGCAAUGAUGCAUGAAGUUCUCACCUUCUAUUUGAGCAGACUUUGAGUUUAUGCAUCAGUGAUAAUUCUAUUCUAGUAUGUAGCUUUUGAUUGAGAUGCUGAACUCUUUUCCUUUACUACAGUGAGAAGUUCAUAUUUUAGUUUUAGUAAUGCAUUUGAAAAUAUAGUUAACCAGCCUCGGGAUGAGAAUUGUUCUGUAUUUGUCAUUAUAAUUGAUGUUUCUUUUGGUUGUGGUUUUUAACCGCAAUUUGUUCAAUUCAUAUUCAGGACAAGUAGCUGAGUUUUUAAUAGUGUCUGUUUAGUUUUUUUUAUUCUUCAGCCUUUCAUAUUCAUGUGGAGCAAUAAAAUGAAAAAAUAAAUAGUGUUGGAUAUCCCCCA